AUGAGUGAACCCACUUGUACAAUCAAAAGACUAGAUGAAUCAGUAAUUAACAAAAUAGCAGCAGGUGAAAUCAUUAUACAACCAGCAAACGCGUUAAAGGAAAUGUUAGAAAAUUCAAUUGAUGCCAGGGCAACCAUGAUUGAAAUACUUGUUAAAGAUGGCGGAUUGAAAUUAUUACAAAUUACCGACAAUGGCCAUGGUAUAUCUAAGAUAGAUUUACCCUUAUUAUGUGAAAGAUUUGCCACUUCAAAAUUGAGUAAAUUUGAAGAUUUGGAAUCUAUUGCCACUUAUGGUUUCCGUGGUGAAGCAUUAGCUAGUAUAUCCCAUAUAUCACGAUUAUCAGUGAUUACCAAACAACCAAAUUCCAAAUUGGCCUAUAAAGCUUAUUAUAUGAAUGGUCAACUAUGUAGUUCCAAUUUCAAAUCAUCAAACACCAAUGUUGAACCUAAACCAAUUGCCGGCAAAGAUGGAACACAAAUUAUUGUUGAAGAUUUAUUUUAUAAUAUCCCGUCGAGAUUACGGGGAUUAAAAUCGAAAAGUGAUGAGUUCGCUAAGAUAUUGGAUAUCGUUGGUCGAUAUGCUAUUCAUUGUGAUAAUGUUGGGUUUAGUUGUAAAAAAUAUGGAGAUCCAUUACAACAAGUAAACACCCGUCCUCAGAUGCCAAUUAAGGAAAGGAUCAGAGUUGUUUAUGGAUCAGCAAUUGCCAAUGAAUUAUUAGAAAUUGAUGGGAUUUCUAAUGACGAAUUAGGAUUAGUAAAAGUAUCUGGCGUCAUGACUAAUGCUAAUUAUAAUAAUAAAAAGAAAAUCCAACCAAUUAUUUUCAUAAAUCAUCGACUUGUCACCUGUGAACCAUUGAAACGAGCUAUAAAUGCUGUAUUUCUGUAUUUUUUACCCAAGGGAAGUCAUUCCUUUUAUUAUCUUAGUUUGGAAAUUAAACCAGAAAAUCUUGAUGUCAAUGUUCAUCCUACAAAACGUGAAGUUCGAUUUCUUAACGAAGAUGAAAUAAUUGAUACUAUUGUUAGUGAAAUACAUACAAAGUUGUCAAGUGUUGAUACUUCAAGAAAAUUUAAAACCCAAAGUGUUAUCACAAAGAGAAGAAAUAGUGAUGAAGAAUUAGAAGAACAUCAAUUACCAAAAACACUACAGCCAUCUUUGAAGAAAUAUCGACAAGAAAACAAAAUGGUAAGAGUGGAUGCUAGUCAAUCAAAAUUGAGUUCAUUUAUGCAACAGCAACCAUCACAAAAUUACCAUGAUGUGAUGAGGAAAGAAUUUGAAUAUUAUUCUUCUCUGAUAAUUGAAGAUGACACUAUCAAUACUGAACAAGAUAUACCCGAAGAAAACGAAAAAGAAGAAGCAGAGGGUGAACUCCCUGUUGAAUCUAAUUCAAUUUUAGAGUCUCCAUCAAAACUAGAAAUGAAAAUCGAAACCAAUCAUUCACGUAAACAAGUACAAGUAAAUUUGGAUUCAAUAGCUCUGUUGAAGAAUGAUUUAACUUUAAUAAUAGAUAAACCAUUGACAAAUAUUUUUAAUAAUGCAGUUUAUGUUGGGAUAGUUGAUCCAUGGAAAAGAUUAUGCUGUUUCCAAUAUGAUGUCAAAUUAUUUUUAUGUGAUUAUGCUGCCAUGUUAUUAGAGUUCUAUUAUCAAAUUGGUCUUCAUGAAUUUUGUAAUUUUGGAGAAAUAGAAUUUGAUGAACCAAUUAAAUUAAUCGAUAUAUUACAGCCAUUAUAUGAUAAAAAUGAAGAUUUGAUACCUAUGGAGAAAGUUAUUCAUGCCAUUUUCCAUAUGAAAGAUAUGUUUAAAGAAUAUUUUCAAAUUGUUAUCGAUGAUGAUAAACAAUUAACAACUUUACCAAUGUUAUUAGUUGGAGUUGAACCCGAUUUCAAUAAAUUACCAUAUUUGAUUUAUAGAUUAGGUACAAAAAUCAAUUAUGGAGAUGAAAAAGAUUGUUUAAGAGGUGUAUUGAGACAAAUUGCAUUAUUUUAUUUACCAGAACCAACUAAUGAUGAAAUUAAAAAUAAUACAUUUGAAAAGCAAUUAGAAAGUAUCUUGUUCCCGGAAAUAAAACGACAAUUUUUGGCACCGAAAAACUUGCUUCGAGAUGUGAUACAAAUUGCCGAUUUACCAGGAUUAUAUAGAGUUUUCGAAAGAUGUUAG